AUGGAUCCAAGUCCAACAACAUCCCCACUUGAAUUCGUAAACAGCCUUAUUGCCCAACUUGCACAAUAUACAUCUACAUCCCCCCCCCCAGAACCAACGCCAGAGCUUCCUCGUCAAAACACCCCAUCUCAACACCCCGCAUCGGCUUUCCCGUCCUCGCAGCUACCGCGGCUGAAACCGCUCAUGAUCACGCUGCACUGUCUCUUUCCGAACGAGUUCCUGCUUGCCCUGGAUAUUCUGGAUAGAGGGCUCGUGAGCAUCUGUGCCGUUGACGGGGGUCCAUCUGGACCUGUAUAUCCAGGAGAGCAAAACGAAGAAGAAAAAGAAGAAGAAGAAGAAGAUGUCGACAUCUUCUUCGUUUCUUCGGCUUCAACAGGACCAGGACCUCCGACUUCUUCGUCACAGGUGCAUUCUGCUUUUCAUCGAGAUGGGCAGCAGCAGCAGCAGCAGCAGCAGCAGCAAGACGCAAAGAAAUGGCGGGGAAAAGGCUACGAAGUCCGGCUUCACGCGUGGAAUUGUACCUGUGCUUUGUUUACAAUUGCUGCAUUUCGAGAUCUGGGACCGCAGGUUGAUGAUGACCAGCUAGCUGCGCAAGAGGAAGAAGAAGGAAAGGAAAAAGAACAAUCUGGUGCUGAGAUCCAAGGAUCUGUAACUACCGCUAGUUCUAUUACUGGUAUUUGUUCUAGCGAUGAUGAAAACAACAACAAUAACAACAACAACAGCAAUUGUGAUGAUGAUGAAAACAACAAGAUAUACUCGUUUGGUGGGACUCUAACUGCACAUGCAACAAACCCUGCAUCCACCCCCCCCGUUUGCAAACAUAUUCUUGCUUGCUUGUUAGUUGCGCUUUGUCCAGGCCUCGGACCUACAAAUUCUACAAGAGCCUAUCGAGGUGGGAGGUUUGUUAGUGUAUCAACGGAGGAAUUGGGCGCGUUGUGUGCUGGUUGGGGUGGGUGA